AUGCACCGGAGACGGCAAGUUCUAGCUGCAUUAUUACCUUCAAUUUUCUUUUCCCUCUUCUUUCUUGUCUACAUAUUCUUCAACGUUGGAGUAAAAUCCUCAUUGGUAGCUUCUAAACAAUCAACUCUUAAUCACACCAGUUUUAGUCUCUUGAUUGGAAUCUUAACCCGCCCUGAUAAUUAUGAUCGUCGCCAUUUCCUUCGUCUCGUUUAUGGUAUCCAAUCAUCUCCCAUAGCCGAAAUUGACAUGAAAUUUGUCUUUUGCAAGCUUACCAAAGACGAGCAAAGACUACUAAUUUCUCUAGAAAUUUUACGCUACAAUGAUAUCAUUAUCCUCAACUGCACCGAGAAUAUGAACAGUGGUAAGACGUAUACGUACUUCUCAUCACUUCCCUAUGUCCUCUCACGACGGUAUGACUAUGUUAUGAAGGCUGAUGAUGACAUUUUCAUUAGGCUUUUACCUUUGUCAUUGUCACUCAAGCCAUUGCCAAGACGAGAUUUAUAUUAUGGUUUUGUAAUUCCAUGCAAUAGCAUGAACCCAUAUGUGGAUUACAUGUCAGGAAUGGGGUUUUUGUUAUCUUGGGACCUUGUUGAAUGGAUUGGAAGUUCUGAUAUACCUGCAAAUAAUACGUAUGGUCCUGAGGACAAGUUGGUUGGAAAAUGGUUAAAUUUGGGGAAUAAGGCAAAGAAUAGAUUUUCUAAUAAGCCGGCCAUGUAUGAUUAUCCAGGAACAAAUGGACGGUGUUCACAUGAACUCAUACCUGAAACCAUCGCAGUUCACAGACUCAAGAGAUGGGAUCAAUGGAGAAAUGCACUUCUAUACUUCAAUGUAACUAGAGGACUUCAUCUUUCCAACAUGUGA